AUGGCCGCCAUCACUCUCAAGAGGACCGCACAGAAGAUGCCUGCCAUUGGCUUCGGUCUGUGGAAGGUCACCAAGUCUUCUUGCGCUGAUACCGUUUACAAUGCUAUCAAGUCGGGUUACCGUCUGCUGGAUGGCGCCGGCGACUACGGCAACGAGAAGGAGGCUGGUGAGGGUCUCAACCGCGCUAUCAAGGAUGGUCUUGUCAAGCGCGAGGAAAUAUUCGUUACUUCCAAGCUGUGGAACACCUUUCACGCUCAUGACCACGUCAAAGCCUUGGCCAGGAAGCAACUUGAUCUCUGGGGGAUCGACUACUUCGAUCUCUUCCUCGUCCACUUUCCUAUUGCUCUUAAAUAUGUUGAACCUGGACACCGUUAUCCUCCAGAGUGGUUCGGUGACGACGGCAAGGUUUACCUCCAAAACACUCCCUUCUCGGAGACCUGGGGUGCCAUGGAGGAGCUUGUCGACGAGGGUCUCGUGAAGAACAUCGGCGUCAGUAACACCCAGGGAGUUCUCCUGCUCGAUAUCUUGCGCUACGCUCGUUACGAGCCGGCCGUGAACCAAGUCGAGCUGCAUCCUUACCUAACCCAAGAGCCACUCAUCAAGCUAUGCAAGACUCUUGGUAUUGCUAUCACUGCCUACUCCUCUCUUGGUCCGCAGAGUUACGUCGAACUCGGGGGCGACAAGGGAGCGAAGAACUUGCUGGAGCACAACGUGGUGACUAGCAUCGCGCAGAAGAACUCGAAGAGCACUGCGCAGGUUCUGCUGCGCUGGGCUGUGCAGCAGGGUCUUGCGGUGAUCCCGAAGAGCAACAACCACCAUCGCCUGGUGGCAAACUUGCAAGUUUCUGACUUCACCCUUCCUGAGACGGACAUGAAGGCGCUCAGCGCGCUGAACAUUAACCUCAGGCUCAACGACCCGUCUGACAUGGACCCCCGCUUGGCGAUCUUCGCUUGA